AGGAUCCAUGCCAGUCUUGUUUGGUGGUUCAAAUUAAAGGCUGUGCUCUUUUUCAAAGCAGCUUCAUUUCUAUCCCAGAAAGAAAAACUUUAUGAUGUUUGUGCAUGUUUGAUGCCAAAGAGCAAAGCAAGUGACUUCAUGUGAUUAGUGUUGCUUUUGUAUGCCUCAGUUGUUGUAUCUAGCCAGGCAUUAUGGCGGUGUAUACUCUGGAAGUGAGUACAGGAAGCAUGCUUCAUGCAGGCACAUUUGAUAACCUGUAUGUCACCCUGACUGGUACUGAGAAGCAAUCUGAGCGCACUCAGUUGACCAGUUCUGGAUUGGAUGAUGAAACUGGAAAGGUGGGGACAUAUUCUGUAACUACACUUUUUUAUUUAGGAUGUCUUCUUCUCCUCAAAUUGGAGAAAGAUCCUUUUCAUGAAUCUCCAGAGAAGGAUUGGUUUUGCUCCAAGAUAGUGGUGAAGACACCAGAGCAGGAAGAAAUUCUUUUCCCCUGUCACAGGUGGCUAUCCAGAGGUGAUUUUGUGCUGUUGAGAGGUGGAAGAGCUACAAAAGCUUCUGAAGAUCUCCAUCCUCGACUAGUGGAGCAACGGAAGAAAGAACUGGUCCAACAAAAAUUAAGAUACGAGUGGCACGAGCAUGCAGAUGGAAUGUCGUACAAUGUAAACAUCAAUGAUCCAAAAGCUGUUCCUGCAGAAAUCGGCUUCUCAUUCUCGAAAGCCUUUCAAUUUGAAUAUCUCAGAAAAAUCGCAUCAGCUGAGCUCAGAAAGAAAGAUCUGACAGCUGAGCCCUGGGAAAACUUUGAGGCCAUGAAAAGGUUCUCCUGGCUUAAACAGUCCUCUGUUGCAGAGUAUGUGGUACAGCAUUGGAAGGACGAUGACUUCUUUGGAUACCAGUUCCUCAAUGGAGCAAACCCCUUUAUGAUCCAGCAUUGCUCAAAGCUUCCCUCCAACUUCCGGGUCACAGAGGAAAUGGUGAAACCUUUUCUGGCCAGCGGAAGCUCUUUGACUGUGGAAAUGAAGUGUCUUUACAUUCUACAGAAAGGCAAUAUAUUCAUUACUGAUUACAAGAUCAUGGAACAUUUGCCAACAAGAGUUACUGAUGGUAAACCUGUGGCUCUGACUGCUGCUCUCUGCCUGCUGUACCUAAACCCAGAGAAGAAACUACUACCCAUUGCAAUUCAGCUCAGUCAGCAACCUUCAGAGGAAAACCCCAUUUUUCUGCCCAGUGACUUGGAAUCUGACUGGUUGUUGGCCAAGACAUUUGUGAGACAUGCAGAUGGCCUCUAUAGUGUAUUGAUCAGUCACUUGCAGAACACUCAUCUACUGGCAGAAGUUUUUGCAAUGGCGACACUUCGCAAUCUCCCAAUGAUUCACCCCUUGCACAAGCUACUGAUCCCACAUCAUCGAUAUACCCUCCACAUAAACAUCUAUGCUCGUGCUCUUCUUUAUGGCCCUGGUGGAAUACUUGGAAAAACUUCAUUGGAUAUAGAUGGAUUAACAGAGCUACUCAGAAGGGGGGUCUCCCAGACAACCUACACUUCCCUGUGCCUGCCUGAAAACAUUGCAGCUAGAGGACUGGACUCCAUCCCCAACUUUUAUUACAGAGAUGAUGCACUGAGGCUGUGGAGUAUCAUCAGCAGCUUUGUCAAGGCAGUGGUGGCCUAUUAUUAUCAAUCUGACAGUGAAGUGUCUUCAGAUUCUGAACUCCAGGAAUGGAUCAACGAGAUCUUCUAUUAUGGAUUUCUGGGAAAUCGUGACUCAGGAAUCCCUUCAAGCUUUCAAACUGUGGCAGAACUUAUCAAGUUUAUUACUAUGGUGAUCUUCACAUCAUCGGCUCAACAUGCUGCAUCAAGCCAAGCACAGUUUGCCUUUCUAGGUUAUAUUCCCAACGGACCACUGUUGCUCUACAAUGAACCACCAACCACAAAGGGACAGUCAAGCAUGGAUGCCAUCUUGGCAACUCUGCCAGAUAAAUCAUUUACAGGACUUAGCAUGUCUCUUUUGUGGCAGGUCAGCAGGAAGUAUGAUGACUUUGUACCUCUGGGUACUUAUCCUCAGCAACGCUUUGGCGAGCCUGCAGUCUUACAGAUGAUUGAAGAUUUUCAAACAGAGCUGUCCUCGCUCAGCAUAGCCAUUUCCAAGAGGAACUCAGAGAUGGAGCUGCCUUAUAACUACUUGAACCCUAAAGAAAUGGAAAACAGUGUAACUAGCUGACCAAGUAUUAAACAAACAGACAUAA